CGCCGCAGCCGUGCCAUGCGGGUCCCGCUGCCCGCCCUGCUCGGCGGCUCGGCCGCCGCCCUCCUGCUGCUGCUGCUGCGAUGGCGGCGGCGGCGGGGGCUCUGGAGGAAGGUGGCGGAGGCGCAGCAGCGGCAGGAGCGCAGCCUGGUGCGGAUGGAGACGGCAGUGCAGCGCUUUCGGGAGCAGAAUCCUUCCGUGAACGUAGUCUCCAUCCUCUCUCUGCCUUUGCCGGAGCUGUCCAAGAAACUCCGUGAUGGCUCCCUCCCUCUGGACCAUGUCUUCUACUCCUACGUGGGCAAGGCCAUCCAAAUCACCACAGAAACCAACUGCAUCACGGAGUAUCUGCAGGAAAGCGAGAACCAGCUCCGGAAAGCGAAGCUGCAGGGAAGCAAAGGUUUGCUCUACGGGGUGCCAGUCAGCAUCAAAGACUCCAUCGACUGCCAGGGUCAUGAUUCCACGAUGGGUUUUAUAAAAUACCUCAACAAACCUGCAGCAGAGGACAGCGUGGUGGUGCAGGUGCUCAGGAGACAGGGGGCAAUUCCAUUUGUCAAAACCAAUGUUCCCCAGUCCCUCAUCAGCUAUGACUGCAAUAACUUAAUCUUUGGUCAGACGCGCAACCCUCUGCUCUACACCAGAACCCCUGGAGGCUCCUCUGGUGGAGAAGGGGCACUUAUAGGAGGUGGUGGGUCCAUCUUGGGCAUUGGGACGGAUGUAGGAGGGAGCCUGCGUUUUCCUGCUGCCUUCUGCGGGAUCUGUGCGCUCAAACCCACCGGGAACAGACUCAGUAAAAGAGGAGUACAGGCUGGAGUUGUUGGGCAGAAGGCAGUGGCUGCAGCAGUGGGGCCGAUGGCAAAAGAUGUGGAGAGCCUGGCUCUGUGCAUGCGGGCGCUCCUGUGCGAGGACAUGUUCAGCCUGGACAGCACAGUGCCACCCCUUCCCUUCAAUGAAGAGGUGUAUUCCAGCACACAGCCCCUCCGCAUAGGGUACUAUGAGACCGAUUUCUUCACCAUGCCGAGCCCUGCCAUGAGACGCGCCGUCCGGGAGACGAAGCAGCUCUUGGAGGAGGCCGGCCACACGCUGGUGCCCUUUGAACUCACAAAUGUGGACUACGUGAUCUUUAACUUCUGCGUCAGGGGAAUAUUUUCAGAUGGAGGCACCUCCUUUGUCGAGAAAUUCAAUGGGGAACUUGAGAAAGGCGGCUCGGCGAUGUUCUUCUGGUUGGCAAAGUCACCACAGUGGCUGAAAACUCUCCUCUCCUGGAUUGCCAAACCUUUCGUACCUCGAUUUUCAAGGAUCAUAGGAAAUACGAAAGCAAACACUGUGUCUGAUGUCUGGAGUCUACAUCAUGAAAUUGAGGACUUUUGCCACCAGUUCAUUGCCCAGUGGAAGAAGCUGAAUUUGGAUGUCAUGCUCUGUCCCAUGCUGGGCCCGGCCCUCCACAUCGGCUACCCUGGGAAGCUCUCAGUGGCAGUCAGCUACACCAUGCUCUACAAUGCCUUGGACUUCCCCGCUGGCGUGGUCCCUGUGACGACGGUGACGGAUGAGGAUGAGGAUGAGCUGAAGGACUACAAGGGCUACUAUCGGGAUUGGUGGGACCGGACCCUGGCAAAGGCUUUUGGUGGCAAUGUGGGGAUGCCCGUGGCCGUGCAGUGCGUGGCCUUGCCGUGGCAGGAGGAGCUGUGCCUGCGGUUCAUGAAGGAGGUGGAGACACUCGCUCUGAAGAAGAACAGUUUCGUCUGAGACCCACGGGCUCGCUUGGAGCAGGAUCCCAGCUGACAUCAGCGUGGGCCAUCCUUUGGUCUGACCCACAAGGACUCGUGUUCCCCUCAGUGAGGAUGUGGUGAUGGCUGGGAUUGCUCCUGUCUUUGGCGUGCAAGGGGAAGGCAAGAUGAGCUCGGCAGUGGUGGAGUUGUCCAGUCAUUGUCCUAAUACAGUCCUUUUUAUUAUCUGA